AUGGAGUACCAGGAAAUUCGAAAACCAGCCGGAUGUAGAACACCGUUUGAGGUGGUAACCGGAGCAAGACAAGGAGCAGUGGGAGGACCCGUCCUGUUCAACUUCAAUGAGAUCAUGCGAAGAACAGUCGCUCAGUGUUCUGCAGCCAUCGUUUUAGCACUAUCGGGGUGUCCCUCGACUGAUCUCGAGUACGCCGACGAUGUUGUUCUAUUCGCGGAAAGCACUACAAAACUUCAACAUGUUAUCAACCUUGUAUCGAAGUUGACUGCAGCCUAUGGAUUACGUUUACGCCCUGAUGAAUGCAAGCAGAUCUGGUUUUCUUUGAAACCUGGAACGGGAAUUGGGGUAGACCGACAACCGGAACUGGUCGAUGAGUUCUGUUACCUGGAAUGUAUGCUGAAGAACAACGGCAGCUAUGAGAAAGAUAUUCAGCAAAGAUGUGCUAAAGUCAUUUCUGCAUUUAACUCCUUAACGAGGAGAAUGUUAUGGGCAUUCACAAUAUCAUUAGUUUUGUUCGCUCUUGCUCACUGCGGUAUGCUGAGCUUCUGUCGUGAAGCAAAAGAUUGUUCAUCCUGUGCCCAAUCCUACACUUAUGCUUUCGGUUUACGAGAAUACUGCAGAUGGUGUGUGGAUGCAAAGCAGUGUGUUGGACCAUUAUCGUGUCCGCCAGGAAGAGCUGUUGUGCAGCGUGAUUCAUUUCGAUGUCCUAAGAAGAUUCAGCUGAAGACCGAUACAUCUACAUACUUCGUCGAACUCGGUCAACAUUCGUUCCCCUUGAUUGAUGCUAGGUGUUAUCAGUACGAUGUCAUCAGCACACCGCAAAUGGUGUAG